AUGUCGGACCUGUCAGGGUCACGUUCACCAGUGCCUCCGCCGCCGCCACCUCCUCAAAGAUACUCGCGUGCUGCGAACGCCCUUGCCCGGUUCGCGCCUUUCUUCUCCGGAUCCAGACCCCCCAGUCCGCAGAGUAACCGGGUUGAUGGUCCCCGGCCGAUCAGGUCCAAAUCACUUCCAGGUGAACCACAGACUGUCACCCAUCGGACCGGUAUCCCUAUUACGGCCCUUGAUAUCUCACCCCAACGCACUCAUGCCGUGAUCGCAGGCAAGGAGAUCCUCAAAACCAUCCGAGUCUCGCCUGACCACUCGUCGGAGGAAUUUAAUAUUCGCAAUGCAGUCGUGAGCUAUGCAUCCACCCACCAUGAUGCGGGCGUGUCGAUGCCACAUAAGGACCAGUUAAAUGUACGAGAUGUCAAGUGGUCACAUGGUAAUUAUGACCGGAUAAUCGCAACGGCGGUUGCCAAUGGUCGGAUCGUCGUUUACGACCUGCAGCGGCCCGGCCUCCAAUUAUGUCGCUUCCAAGGUCAUAAUCGUCAGGUUCACAGACUCGCCUUUAACCCCCAUCUUGCCUCUUGGCUGCUCUCCGGUAGCCAGGAUGGUACCAUCCGCAUGUGGGAUCUGCGCUCCGCCUCAGCGAAUCGCGCCCUUUCCACAUGUGGUAGUAAGCAUGUCUACCAGGGCAAUAGUGAUGCUAUCCGAGACGUCCGGUGGUCUCCCACCGAUGGUGUCGUGUUUGCAACCGCCGCGGACAGCGGUGCCAUCCAGAUGUGGGAUUCGCGCAAGACUACUGCCCCGCUGCUGCGGAUUGCGGCUCAUGAUCGUCCAUGUUUCGCCGUCGACUGGCAUCCAGAUGGAAAGCACAUCGUCAGUGGUGGCACAGAUCGGCAGGUCAAGGUCUGGGAUUUCUCAUCCUCUGCAGAGCGACGGCAGAAGCCUGCGUUUCAGUUCCGAACCCCCCCAGCCCAAUGGCAGUCCUCUCAGAUCGUCACCUCCUAUGACAAGGAAGACCCUCGUAUACAUCUUUGGGACCUUCGUCGACCUCAUGUACCCUUUCGUGAAUUUGAUCGGUAUGACUCUCCGGCGAGUGAUUUGCUUUGGCAUUCCAAAGAUCUGCUAUGGACUGUCGGUGAGGUCGGCGCGUUUACCCAGACUGACGUGCGAUAUGCACCCACGGUGGUUACCCGGCGGCCGACAUGUUCGGUCGCUUGGAGCCCUAACGGGGCAUUCGUCGCUUUCGGCCAACAACGUCCGCGUCGGAGACAUCUCGGUGAUAAUGCCUCGGAGUUUCUCCAUGUCGAAGAAGAUACAGCUAGUAACGGAGAGAAAUCAUUGAGCCAAAGUCCAGCUGAUGAUAUUCUCGAUGAGGUAGCUUUAACUACUUCGUUUCGGCAAAGACAGAAUAAGCCUACUACCAUCCGACCUACAAAGUCAUUGGGUAGCACACCACCUGGGGCGGUGGAUAUCAUCCCCAUUUUGCCUCUGGACCAAGCUUUGGCCAAGAUCACGGCACCGGGUCCCGAUCAGUUGGGAACUAUCGGGUCUAUACCCCGUGCCACAAAUGAUGAAUCAUUGUUUCGAUUUUUUGCCCGUCACUAUUCUCCUUUGAUGAAUGAAUCGGACCGCGAACAAAGUCAUUUUGAUAUCCUUAACUCUCUGAUAGAAUCACUUGACCAUAAUGCCGAGUGUGCAGACGACGCGUCACGGACUAAACUUGCCCAGACAUGGCGUAUCGUCAAGUUUGCUAUCCUGCAAGAGCUUCAGCGCAGGUCAAGGGAGCAAAUGGCAAGCAAAGGAGGCGUGAAAGGCAAGACAUCCAAAGAUGGCCUUUUGACAGAUAAGUCACGAGCAGUCGACGGGAAAGUCAAAAGUCGGUUGUUCAAGGGAGUCAUGGACACGGAAGGUCAAAGAAGUCUGGCCCCAGAAGGCGAGAGCACCUCGAACAUGACUACUCCCCUCGCCCGACCACUGCCCGAUUCCCCCCCAGAUGGAUUCAUGGAGUAG